GCUAUUUACGGCACAUACCAACACUGGCAACUGCAUUGAAGUUUCCCAACACUGGUUAAUUCAUCGUCACGCAUGCUCUUUCUUUCCGGUUUUGGAUUUGGUGGUGAAAAGUUGUGCCAACUGCUAGAGUUCUUGUGUAAAAAUGUCCCGUUAUCCUUUCAAUGCUAAUCGAACUCGUGUACGUGUACUAACAACUAGAUUACCUAUGGUGCCGUACUAUAUGAAGAUGGACACCAUUGGAAAGAAUUUGAUUUUCAAGAAUCUUCUGCCACCUGGCAUGUAUGGCGAGGAGAAAAAUAAUCCAUUGAUUCCCCAACACAAGUCGCCUUACGGGGUCAAAGCGAACGAUGAGGCAACAAAGGAGGAGAAACCAAAGCCGCAGUUUAAGCAACUGGUCAGCGACAAGGAAGAAGAUCAAAUACGAAAGCGCAUCCAGGAAAUCUGGUCGACUGGGAUGCGAAGUUCGUCCUCGACAUCGGGGGCUUCACGCAAAAAGAGCGGUGUCAUCCAAAAUUUCAAUCAAUUGCGUUUGGCAAUGCGUCGUAAAAGCACUGACACUGGCAUACAGUUUACUUCUUCGAUUGUUCAUUUGCUGGCCAAAGCUAUAGUCGGCCUGCACGAGAAAUUCCUUGAGGAAUAUCGAAAGCUGCACACUCUGUGCCUGGCCGAAACACCACAGACCGAGCCCAUGUUGGUGCUGGAUCAGUUGGAUGUUGUUAGUUUCAAGAUCAACGAAAUGGAAGACGCCAAACGUGGCCUACAAGAGGAGCAUUGCCUAUUGAGCAAUCAAUUGCGUCAUCAUGAUAUCGAACAAUCGAAGGAGAAAAAUCUACAACCCGAUACACCUGACAUCAAGGAAGCGCGUUCGAUUUGUAACAAUGUGUUUGAUCUACUUCUUGAUCUCUAUUCACAUGAUGAGAAGGAAAACUGAUGACUAUUAUGUUGCAUUCAAAAAUUUGUAUAGCAUUUUGUUGUAUUAAAUGUUGUAUUAAGCGAAUAA